AUCACAAGUUUGAAAAUUAGCAACCAUUAGAAUUACAUUGAGAAAAUGCUAUUAGCUUUGAUGGCAACGCCUAGGAUUUUAUGGAGAAUAAGCACAACAUAUACAAAGCACAUUGCGAGAAGGCCAUGCAUGCAAAAAUCGGUUGUAUUUUCACCUAACGAAAGUUUAGUUUCAACAGUAUUUUAACUUCAAAUUUUAUUUCUGUGACAAAAACAAACGUUUGUGAUUCCUUUGAUGUUACCAUUUGUUUCAACAUUUCUUAACUUUUCAUAGAUUUCCGUAAUUUUGGGUCGAACACUCGUACUCUGAUUGUGCCAUUCUUUUCCAUAUCCUCAUUUAUGUCAUGUUUUACUAUUUUCCUUGUUUAACUCGGUGCGUUGUGGUACAAAAUGUGUCUUUCUGCAAUACAGUCCGGUAUAUUUCAAUAAAUAGUUAAAACCUUUUUAAACUAGAGAAAUACCUCGAAUUAAAGCUGAUUUUAGGCUUCAGUUCUCCGGUUAACUCAAGCAAUGAAGACUUGAGCUUGUUUGAACAAAGACAGAGAAGGAAAAUUUUCACAUUUCGUGGUGGUACUUGGGACUAGUGUACAAUGGCAAUGAACCUUUCUAGGUUUAUAAAAUGUGUGCCAGUGGGAGAUGGAGUUGUUGGGAAAAGUUGCAUGCUUAUUUGCUACACCAGCAACAAUUUCCCUGCUGACUAUAUACCAACAGUAUUUGAUAACUUCAGUGCAAAUGUAGUUAUUGAUGGAAACACUGUAAAUUUGGGUUUAUGGGACACGACAGUUCAGGAAGACUACAAUAGGCUGAGGCCGCUCAGUUAUAGAAGAGAAGAUGUGUUUGUCCUAGCAUUCUCUUUAGUAAGCAGGGCUAGCUAUGAAAAUGUUUCUAAAAAGUGGGUAACUGAGUUGCGGCAUUAUGCUCCUGGUGUGCCAGUUGUUUUGGUCGGAGCAAAAUUAGAUCUUCGUGAGGAUAAACAUUACUUAUCUGACCAUCCUGGUUCAGUACCUGCAACAACUGCAGAAGCAUGUUUCUUACUUUGAAAAGUUAUUUUCUUAUUUUUACCUUGUAUUAUGCAUUCAAGUUUUGA